AUGAACAAGCUUCCUGAUGAGGCAUUAUUACGUAUCUCAUCAUGGCUCAAACCCAUUGAUCGCCUCAGUGUACAGUUAAGUUGUAAGCGUUUUCGUGAGAUGUUCUCGAAGUGGAAAGAUGUUUAUUCGAUAGAGAUACGAUUCGAAGGCUAUGGAUAUGGUGAUAUUCUACAACAAACUCGAUGUACAUUCCCACUUGUUUCUGUCUCAAAGAAUACGAAGGCUUCAUACCGAAUUCGUUUAACUUAUUGCAAUGGGCAAUCGUAUCGUUUGAGAACGAAUGUUGAUAAGUAUAGUAAUAAAGCCCUCAAACAUAUGCUCUCCAGUCCAUCAAAACGUCUUCUCACUUCGUUGUUAUCUCUUCCUGAUCUCGAUACAAUUCUUAUACUUGACUCAACGCCGCAAUCUUCUACGCAGUGCAAGUCUGAAUUAUUUCGUUCACUAGCUGAAUGCAUCAAAGGACCUAUUAAAAAUCUUCAAAUUACUGGUCUUUACAUUCCAUGGCGGGUAAUGGAUUGUUUAUGUGAAAAAUUAAAGUGCUCAUUAAAACGUCUUGCGAUUGGUUGCACAUACGGUAAAGAAACGAGACGAGAGCGAUACGUGAAAGCUUUAAGUCGAUUGGAGAAAUUAGAAGAUCUUGAUAUUCCUCCGCAUAUUUUUCACUUGAGUGAUUCGACCGAUAUUGAUCCACUCGUCAGCCGCUUAUUCAGUCGGCUUCCGCUAACUUCUCUCGGAUUUCGACAUUACAAUUCGGCUGUUCUUUUUCGAUACAUCGAGUUCCGAAUGCCACAUCAUAUUCGGCUCCUGAGAAUACAUCAUAACGUGAACCGUAUACCAAACUUCGCUCAGCUCGGUAUGCCACAACCUGAAGAAAAGCCUGCCUCGAGAAAAACAUCAUGGUUAAGUUCGAAGCAAGGUGUUCUUGGUUCGAAACAGAGUAUUCUUAGCGACUCUGCACACAGUAUUGCAAGCAAUAGUACAGAUAUGUCGAAUGAAACCGUUCGCAGGCCGUCUUCAGCAUCGAAUGGUUCAGAUGCAAGCCAAACAACAACUGUCACCACUUCAAAUGAACGCAAGAUAUCCAUCACAUCGUUGUUUUCACGUCAUCUCACAAUAUUCGCUAUUGAGGAAUCUGUAAGAAAGUCACCUAUUGAGAAAGCAUCUAGACUUCGCCGACAUCACUACUCAGGCGUUGAAGUGUUUUAUAUACAAGAAACGAUGAACAGUCAAGAAGUACUCGGUCGAAUGGCAGCUCCGAUGCAGUCGCCACACGUUUAUUCGAAAUCAGCUAAACGAGAAAUACGGGUGAUCAAAGGCGAUCUCGUACGUCCAAUACCAUUGGCUAGUCUCGGGAUGGAAAGUGAUUAUGAAAUGACCGACUGGGAAGAUUGA